AUGCACUUUCUCUGGCUCUGCUUCUCCCAAAUCGCUCUGACAGAUGAGCGCCGAGUCUCGCUGAGUCUCGCCACGCCGAUGCACCCUUCACAAAUCGCUACAUCUCUUCCCCUCGCUCUGUCACUUUCUGUUUACGACGUCGGCAUAUGGCAGCCAGUCGUUAGCGCCCGAAACCGCUACGCUAACGGCGGCGUUUCAUCUGCAGUUAGCGGCGAACAGCGUGCUUCCUUCACCUCCGACUGA